UCUAUUCUCAAGGCUUAACAAGUCAUAAAAGGCACCAAAGUCUCCUUUUGUAAACAUGGAGGAAGUAAAGUUCACACCAAGCGAAUAAGUUCUUGAUCCAGAUAGUAUAUAGAAGAAGCCUGGGUGUCCAGAGGAAGAGAAAGGGCCUUAACCUUCUGGUGCAGGUUCCUCUCCUGUCUCAGAGAACAACCGGAAAUGGAAGCACCAGCUGCGGAAUGGUAUUCUGAUGCGGGAAUGGGUGGCAAUUUCUUCGACCAGUGGGACGUGAUAGAUCAGCUCACUGCACAAGAAAUUGCAGCGGCUCUCGAGCAAGACUUGCAGCGAUCCUUCUCCUCGGAGAGCUACAACUCCUUACCUGCGGACCAGCCACCGGCGAGCGCCGAAAGGCCAAAGAAGACCCUCAAGGCUGGUAGCUGGAGUUCCUGCACCACCGAGCAGAACUCGGCUCUGGUACCCAACGCCUCGUCUCCAAGCAUCCUCUCCUUCGGCAACCCGGACUCGCCGAGCGACCAGAACAACAUAUACGGGGGUCUCGUCAGGGUGGUGAAGCCGAAGAAGGAGAUGGAUGCUUUGGUGCAUCACGGAUCCAAGAGGAACUACGAAGCCACGGUUGGGCAGGGAUCCAAAGGUGUCAACACGGGGACAAGGUCAACGUAUCACAAGGAACACAUCAUCGCCGAGAGGAAGCGAAGGGAGAAGCUCAGCCAGAGAUUCAUAGCUUUAUCAGCCAUCGUUCCCGGCCUGAAGAAGAUGGACAAGGCUUCUGUUCUCGGCGAUGCUAUCAUGUAUUUGAAGCAACUCGAAGAAAAGGUGAAGAUCCUGGAAGACCAGGCCGCAAAGAGGACCGUUGAGUCUGCAGUUCUCGUCAAGAAAUCUCAGCUCUGUGAUAUACCACCACCACAUUAG